AUGGCGGCGUCCUGCACCACCACCUGGUGUUGCGCAUUCCUCGCGCUACUAGUCCUUUUCGUCUCCGGCGCCCACGGGCAGCUCAGCCCGACGUUCUACGCGUCGACCUGCCCGAACCUGGAGGCCAUCGUCCGCAGCGUCAUGAACACUACCGUCGCCAGCGAGAAACGGAUGGGCGCCUCGCUGCUCAGGCUCCACUUCCACGACUGCUUCGUCGAGGGGUGCGACGGAUCGGUCCUCCUGGACAACGUGCCUGCUACGGCGACUACUCCGGCGAUCGGUGAGAAGAACGCCUUCGGGAACAUCAACUCCCUCCGUGGCUUUGAGGUCAUCGACACGAUCAAGGCCGCAGUGGAGCAAGCCUGCCCAAAAACCGUCUCCUGCGCCGACAUCCUCACUCUCGCCGCACGGGACGGCACCUUUCUGCUCGGCGGGCCAACCUGGACGGUGCCGCUCGGCCGGCGCGACUCGACGACGGCGAGCAUGGACCUGGCCAACAGGGACCUCCCACCGCCGUUCGCCAACCUCGUCACCAAUCCUCCUGACGGCAGCGACCUCAUCGCGAGAUUCCAAAGGAAGGGCCUGAGCGCGACCGAGAUGACCGUGCUCUCCGGCGCGCACACCAUCGGCUCCGCGCAGUGCCAGAACUACCGGCUCCGCCUCUACAACGAAGCCCGCAUCGAUUUUCAGUUCGCCGAGGGGCUCAAGGCCAACUGCCCCCAAAAUGGCCCCAUCAACGACACCUUGCCGGCGCCGUUGGACUCGACGGGGUCCACCUUCGACAAUAAGUACUACGCGGACCUCACCAGCUUGCGCGGCCUCCUCCACUCCGACCAGGUGCUGUACCCCCAGAACAACCAGACGCAGGUUAAGAUAGUGCUCAAGUACAAAGGAGACAAUGCCGCCUUCUUUGUCGAUUUCGCAGCCGCGAUGAUAAAGAUGGGGAACCUCAGCCCGCCCAACGGAACCGUCGGGCAGAUCAGGACCAACUGUAGGUUGGUCAACCCGGCCUGA